CCGAUGCCGCUCUGGAUGUCCCGGUGAGAACUCCCAGAGAUGCCUAUUCUCUCCAGAGGCAGCGACCAAGACUAUAGUAACAUUAGCUACAACUCCUGCAAUUCCCUGAGCCACCUCCUUCCCAUCUGCGUGGAAACCCCUUCYGUCAAAGGGGUCCACUACCAGCGAGCCAGGAGGAUUUACCACCCUGAGCAAGCCUCUGCCGCCGACCUAAAGACAGAAAUCAUGAUCAACGUUGGGGGCAUCAAGUACCUGCUGCCCUGGAGCACUUUGGACGARUUUCCCCUGACCAGACUGAGCAAACUGAAGCUCUGCAGCAGCUACGAGGAGAUCAUUCAGCUGUGUGACGAUUACGAYGAAGACACCCAUGAGUUUUUCUUCGACCGGAACCCCAACGCUUUCGGGAUGAUUGUCAGCUUCCUGGCAGCGGGGAAGCUGAUGCUCUUAAGGGAUAUGUGUGCCUUGUCUUUCCAGGAGGAGCUGAGGUACUGGGGCAUUGAGGAAUCCAACCUGGAGAACUGCUGCUUUCGGAAGCUGUUCCAAAAACUGCAGGAGCUGGCCGAGAUACGCAAAGAAGAGGAGCUCCGGAGGAGCAAGGAAGCCUCGUGUGUUUUGGAUGAGAAAACCAGGUUUGGACAGUUCAUGAACAGGCUCAGAGAYAUGGUGGAAAAUCCCCAGUCGGGACUGCCGGGCAAAGUCUUUGCUUGCCUCUCCAUCCUCUUCGUGGCCACCACAGCUAUAAGCCUUUGUGUGAGCACAAUGCCAGACUUGAGAGCUGARGAAGACAGGGGCGAGUGCUCCCAGAAGUGCUAUUACAUCUUUGUCAUCGAGACCAUCUGCGUGGCUUGGUUCUCWCUGGAGUUCUGCCUCCGCUUCAUCCAGGCCAGGAGCAAGUGCCAGUUCUUCAAAGGCCCCCUGAACAUCAUCGACAUCUUGGCCAUCUCUCCUUACUACGCCUCGCUCAUUUUCUCCGAGGAUGAGCCCGGUGAGGAGGAGGAGAGGCUGGGGGGCGGCACGUACCUGGAGAAGGUKGGGCUGGUGCUGCGGGUGCUGCGUGCCUUGAGGAUCCUCUACGUGAUGCGGCUGGCGCGGCACUCGCUGGGGCUGCAGACUCUGGGGCUCACCGUGCGCAAGUGCACCCGUGAAUUCGGCCUGCUGCUGCUCUUCUUGUGUGUGGCCGUCACCCUUUUCUCUCCGCUGGUUUAUCUGGCUGAGAAUGAAUCCGGCAGGGUGCUGGAGUUCACCAGCAUCCCCGCCUCGUACUGGUGGGCCAUCAUCUCCAUGACCACCGUGGGGUACGGGGACAUGGUGCCGCGCAGCGUGCCGGGGCAGAUGGUGGCUCUGAGCAGCAUCCUCAGCGGGAUCCUCAUCAUGUCCUUCCCCGCCACCUCCAUCUUCCACACCUUCUCGCACUCCUACUCGGAGCUGCGCAAGGARCACGAGCGGCUGCAGGCGCGGCUGAGCCGGGCUAAAAGCGCCAAUCGCUCCGGGGACAGCGACGCCUUCAACGAGAGCGACAGCCUGGGCCUGGAUGGGCAGGGGUCCCCCAUAAAAUACAUCUACACUGGGAACUGAGCCCUGGGGGCACUCCCGAAAUCGGGGAGGGAGGGAUAAAUGGGCACCUGGACAUCAGCAGAACACACAAAGCAAAAAUGCACACCUGGACAUGAGCAGAACGAACCCACAAAGAAAAAAUGUGCAUCUGGACGUCAGCAGAACAC